AUGCGCCACGUGAUCGGAACACAGAUUGGCGGCACCGUGUUCGUGCUGCUAGGAGCCUUUCGGCCACCGCUGCUGCGCGCUCCCACCACGAUCCUCUGUGAGCUGACAUCGUGGGCCCCGCAAGAGGACUGGGCGCUGCAGGACCGGGCGCCGCAGUUCACCGUCGGCCGAGGCGGCAGCCAGGCCACCUUCUGGAGCGCACUCACGGCGUCUACGCCCGAACUCGCGGGCAGGACGCCCGAGGAGUGCGAGCGCCGCCUCCGCGAGCUGGGCGCGACCGUGGUGGGCCGCCAGCCGCGCGUGCUGGAGGACUGGAGCCGGCUGGGAGACGGCCGCUACACGGGCCACCUUGAUGGCGACAGCUCGACGGUCUGGCUCACGGUUGCGUGCGAGGGACGGCUCGCCUCCGACCCUCGCACCGAGCCCGGCUACAUCGAGGCGGUCGGCGGGACCAUCUAUGAGCUCUCGCGCAGCGGCGGUGCCGCCCCUGCCGUGGCGGAGGCGGACAGCGGCGUGGGCGGAGCCGCCGCUGCAGGCGGAGGCGGCGCGUUGCAGCAGCAGCUUGCGCUGCCUCUUGCGCUCCCGCAGCAGGCGGUCGCUGCACUCGGUGCUGCGAUCCUCGCGGGCAGCCUCGGCUUCGGGCUCGGCACGGCGCUCACGCCGCCGCCGCCGCCUCCUGCUCCGACGCCGCCGCGCGUGACGACACGCAUCCUCAUCGCGCCCUCCGCCUCCAGCGGGCGGGCGGCACCGGCGCAGCAGCCGCAGCAGGCGCCGGCAGAGCCUGCGGCGGCUCCGCGCAAGCUGGCACCGGCGCCGCUGACGGUGACGGAGCAGCGGGAGCGCGCGGAGCUGCGGGUCAGCCGCGACAAGCUGCAGCUGCAGAACCUGCAACAGCGGCUGCAGGAGGACGAGCAGCGCCUGAGCGAGUUCCGCAGGGUCGAGGCGGAGGCAGGCGGGUCGGGGGAGGCCGUCAAGAUGGUGUUUCCGCCGGCGUCGUGAUCUAACGCGGUAACGGGUACACCCCAUCACCCCCACAUCAGGUGGCGUUUAUUUUUGCGUGGGGCGGACAUCAUGCUGAAAUUCUGGAAAAA